AUGGAUUCAUCAUUACAACCAAUAUUAUUCAUAUUAGUUGUAGCAUUGUUGGCUCAUUCCAACUUUAUCAAAUAUGGAUUGGUCGUUGGUCAGGUGACCACAACAACAUUCACCAAUCCAGACAAUGGGCAUAACUACACUUUGUUGUACUCGACAGAUAGUUCCAAACUCAACUUCACCUAUGAUGAAGCAACUGCCUAUGUUGCCUCCAAGUAUCCCAAAGGUUAUCUCGCCACAAUCACAACACAACGUGAAUACAACUUUGUUGUGAGCAAAAUGGCUGAUGAUCAAUCAUUAUGGCUUGGAGCGAACUCUAGACCACCCAAUGAUGAGACGUUGUACUCUUGGAAAACUGGACCAGAGGCUGGCCAACCAUUAGCAGAACCUCAGACUGAUGUAUACUUUUGGCGUAACUAUGCAUGGGAUGAUCUGUCACCUACUGAACAGAACAUUGGAGGUAUACUCAUUGAGUAUGGUGGUGAGAAAGAUCCAGUUGUAUGGCCAACAGACUGCCAACCUGGAAAUAUAACAAUCACCAACUUGGACAAACGACCAUUCAACAUAUCAAAUCUUAAAGUUACAAUCACCAACAGUACAAGGAAGCGAGAUAGCUUUGAAUGUACACUCAACACAGUUUCCAGCACAUCAGUCAAGUGUCCUACACCAUUCAUGGUUGGUGAGUAUGACAUACUCAUCACGGAUGGUGUCCAGAGCUACUCCCACAAGGGAUACCAUCCAAACAUGCCAAUGAUAUCAUCAAUGUAUCCUGGAUUGUAUGCUGGUGACUUGAUAACAAUCAAUGGGCAGAACUUUGGUGACUCGCUAGAGUAUGUGGAGUCAGUGAAGAUCAGUACCCUCAAGGUAGCUUGCAAGCCACUUAAGAUGCUAGUACCUGAUCGAUCAUUUACUUGUAACCUUACUGCCUCAAUCAACUCCACAACUGUCACCUCCUUGCAAGGUAUAUCAGCAGUUGAUAUACAGAUUGGUGGAGUACUCAUGAAAGAUAUCUCAAGGAUUGCUAUGUACAACAAGGAUACUUCCAGUUUCAUCAUGUCAACUGGCAAUUAUUAUAGCACUGGUAUUCCGAUUAAAGAAUACUUUGUGGCUGAAGGAUUGCCAUGUCAGGUAUUCUCUCCAGUGAAACAAAGUGAUAUGAUCUUUGUUAGAAGUUUAUUCAGCAAUGUAUCAAUGUACUAUCCAUCAAAGAAUGUCAGCACAAGCUUCCAGUUCAUUAAUGGUCCGCACAAAGGUGCAAACAUCCUGACCAACAAUGUUAUAAAUAGCGCAAUCUUCUCUCCCGGUACAGCAGUCAUCUCCAACACUUCCAUCACAAUGACAAUAUUGUCAGCUGACUAUACCAAGACAGGACUCAGCUUUAAGCAGUUGGUCGGUGCUUACAAUUAUUACUAUGUUAUAUUUAAUACUACCUUGCCUGCUCCUGUAUUCCUGACGACAGGCAAUUUCACAAUUCCUACUUCUGGUGGUUGGAUCAGCCUCCCAGUGGACAACCUCAAACUAUCAAGCAGUAACUACACAUUGGUAUUAGGUGGUUUAAAGAUUGAACCAAUCUACAUUGUUCCAUUCCAGAACAACAACACUCUUGGUGUGAUGUUUGGAAGUGGUUAUGGGUCAGCUCGAUCACUUGUACUAUAUGUGGAGAAUAACAAGACUACAAAUCAAGUCCAACUUGGUUAUUAUCCACCAGUGUUGAAAUCACUAUCAAUAGCUCCAUUUGAUGGUGGUCUAGUGACACUAACUGGAGAUCAGUUUGGAAAUGAGUCAUCAGUCAUCCAACUCAUUUACAAUGGCGACCAAUCUAUCAACUCCAACUUAAACUUAUCCAUCAUCCAACCUCAUCAAUCAAUCAGCUUCAACAUUCCCCCUGGACUCAAUCAGAACAAACUACAAUUGAAUGUUGGUGGACAACUAUCAAACAUCUUAAACUUUACUUACACAGAUGGAUGUGGACCAGGAGCACUUUGCUCUGGAAGAGGUCAAUGUAUUUAUGGUACAUGUAAUUGUACAACCGAGGGAUACAAUGGUCCAAUUUGUAAUACUACAGCAUCAUCAACAACCAAUGUUGACCCUGUUGUCAACCCAAGUAGUGCAUUAUUUGGAGAGUUCUCAAUCUUCUUCACACAUAUACGUGAGAUGGAUGGCAAUGGUGUACCUUUGGUAACAUAUCCAGUGGCUGAUGUACAAUGGAAUAUCAAUGUAAACACUACAACCAAUCAAGUAUCAUUUGGUACACUAUCCUAUAUCCAAGAUUUCAACAUCACAGUCAACAUUACCAAGUUUAUCAAUCAGACCACAUUGGACUUUGGCGGCCAGACUAUCCUCAUUGAUGCCAACUCGAUCAAGUCCGACGUUACUCUUGCAGGCUGGCCAUUCAAAUCAUAUACCAACACACUCGAGUUGAUCUAUCGCAUCCAAUCACCUUCCAAGUCGACUCGAUGCCAUGAUUCAACAAUCAGCCAGAACCCCAAUCAGCAGAGCGACCUCCGCUACAUUGAGAUGCAGGUCGGUGACAAGGUGUUGGUGUCCAAGUUCAUCAAUGUGGUGCAGGUCGACUCAAGACUCAGCGUGAGCAAUGUCAGGACACUCGACCUCACUGAUCCAUUCUUUGAGCAGACAAACUACACCCAGGGAGCCGAUACGCUUGGUGUCGUGUUCGCGCUCGUGACCCCUUCAUUCCGCGAUCAAGCAGUGAUCGACCCCAACUUCUCCUAUCUAACCGACAGUGGUGUGGACUCACUGACGAACAAAUGUGUGGAACACAAGUCCAACUGGUGGAUAAUCGCUGUUGCCGUUGGAGGCGCGGCAAUAUUACUGGCCGCAGCCAUUGGCACUGGCGUGUUCUUGAAGAAGCGUCUCAGAUUCAGACGAGAAGACAAGAGGAUUGACAUGAUAUCAAUGAACAGCACCACAUAA